CUCAGCCUGUCUUGCAUUACUUAGGCGCCAUCUAUCGGGCAGUAUUGAUGUAGCACGUUGCACCCUUCACUUUCUUACCGGUUGCGAUAAGGGAAAUGGCAGUACCAACAGCUGUGUUACAGCGUGUCCAGCAGAGGGCGCUGCAAGCAGAGCAAAUUAUUGCUACGCUGAGGCAGCAACUACAAGGCAUAAAACAGGCAGCUGUCAGCCAAGCAGCACAAAAAGAGGAAGUUAUAUUGAGAGCGGAGAAUGCUAAGCUGCGCCUGGAAGUCGAGGCACUAAAACAGGAGCUGAUUUCUGCAGAAAUUAGGAAUGGAGUGAAACAAAUGUCUCUUCCGGCCUCCGGGACAGGAAAGACCGUCACGUCUGCAGCGCCCCCCUCACAGCCCACCCCCAGUGCUGCACCCCCUGUGAAAACUGAAGAGAAGAAGAAAGGAAAACAGGCUGCUGAUGGUUCUGCAGGAGAAGGAAAGCCACCAAAAGAGGGCAAGAAGAAGGAAAAGAAAGAGGGAAAACCCAAGCAGGCCCCUGCCAGCACUCCUGAAGCCCCCAUAGAUGUGUCAAGGCUCAAUCAAAAGAUUGGGCGUAUCGUCUCCGUCAAGCAGCAUCCAGAUGCAGACAGUUUGUACAUAGAGGAGGUUGAUGUUGGAGAGGAGAAGAACAGGACUAUUCUUAGUGGCUUAGUGAAACACGUGCCUAUUGAAGUGAUGCAAGAUAAGUUAGCUGUGUUUUUACUCAACUUAAAGCCAGCCAAGAUGAGAGGGGUCAUGUCCGAGGGCAUGAUCAUGUGUGCAAGUACACCAGAGAAAGUGGAAAUCAUCGAUCCACCCCCAGGGGUAGUCCCUGGGGACAGGGUGACAUUUGCUGACUAUCCAGGAGAGCCAGAUGCUCAGCUUAAUCCUAAAAAGAAAAUCUGGGAGCAAAUUCAACCUGAUCUUCGAGUGGAUGAAAAUGGAGUGGCUACUUAUAAAGGAUGUCCAUUUAAAAUUGAAGGAAAAGGGAUCUGCAAGGCCCCAACUUUGAGAAAUACUCCAAUCAAAUAAUACAGAACUGACAGGAAGACUUGUUUUGAAUUUUUUGUGAAAGGAUAAUUCAAUAUUUUGAGGAUUUUAUUUACAUCUAAAUGAGCUAAAUGACCAAUUAUAAACACAAGUAAUUAAAAAGAAAUUUUACAAAAAAUAACAGUUAAGAUAAACUUUGUGGUGUAUAUCAAAAUUAUUAAUAAAUAAUUUAAAAUAGAUCAUUCAGUAUGUUGGGAUAGUCUUAUUAACGCACACCAGUUCCUUGCAGUUGACCUUUUGACAAAUUAACUGUAUAUAAUAGAACAAUGUGAAAAGUUUUCUUUAAGUAUAUGUAUAUCUGUUUGACACUUGACAAAAUGCAGACCUCUGCCUUCAGUACAAAAGCUUUUAUUUAUUUUCUAUCUCAAUAUUGCACAGAAGUUGAGACACAACCAGCAUAAAGCUCUUCUACAUUUUUACUUUACCAAGUGAACAUCCAAUAUUUUUAUAUCUUGCACUGAUGAGACUUUUCCAACUUUUGUAGGAUUUCCGACUUUUUCAGGGUCAUUUGGGUCAUUCUUGUGAAUCAUGUACCCUGGACCCACUGGCCAAUUUUCCUACUUUUUCAGUGAGGACUGGGCUCCGCAACUCAAAAGCAAUGCCAAUUGCGACGGAGCAUAAACGUCUCUAUCCCAUAACUUGGGAUUUACUCGCCCCAUAUAAUAGCCUCGAAAUAAAAGCUGAUAGCGCUAUUUGCAAUUUGCAAUGCUCUUGAGUUACAGAGCCCUGUUAAUAUUCAAAAAUCUUUAACUGAAAUAAAACCCGCAAUAUAUAUUUUAAAAUUCACAUGGGUUAAACCCACAAAAAAUGGUGAGCUGGAAAAGUCACUGUUACUAAAUAAUAUCAA